AUGUCAUUAUUCUUUCAUUCCCCCGGAACAGGACUCAUAUAAGAUCCUUCUGUAGGUGAUCAUCAGAUUAACCAGGGAAAUCCGAAGAGUAGUCAAAUAAGAAGCCAAGUCAACCAGGAAUCACAAUCAGCUCAAUCAGUGGGAAGAUUUCUCAUUCCGACAUGGAACGUCUCCUGGUGAUUUCCGCUCUCUUCCUCUCCCUCCCGAUUCUCACUCUCUCCGACUUCCUGGUGCCGGGAAUAAGGAACAUUCAGAGAAGAAGCCCCCAGGAUCCGUCGGAUGACCUAGAGAUCUACAGUGUCAAUAUCCAGAGUCAAAUCACUUCUCGCUUUGCCCACAAUGUCAUCACCAGCAGAGCCGUCAAUCGGGCCGACAGGUCCCAGGAGGUCUCCUUUGAUGUGGAUCUGCCCAAAACUGCCUUUAUCACCAACUUCACCAUGGUCAUCGAUGGAGUCACUUACCCCGGGGUGAUUAAGGAGAAGGAAGCGGCAAAGAAACAAUAUGAGAAAGCCGUGUCCCGGGGGCAGUCAGCUGGGCUUGUCAGGGCCUCGGGGAGGAAGACGGAGAAGUUCACGGUGUCAGUGAAUGUGGCGUCACAGAGUAAAGUCACCUUUGAGUUGAUCUACGAGGAGAUGCUGAAGCGCAAUCUGGGCAAAUACGAGAUGUUCAUCAAAGUGCGGCCAAAGAAACUCGUCCAAAGCUUCCAGAUUGAAGUGGAUAUUAAUGAGCCCCAAGGAAUCAGCUUUCUGGAGGCCCAGGGAACCUUCAUGACCAAUGACCUGUUGCCCCUCCUUCACAAGUCUUUCUCUGGAGAAAAGGGUCACGUCUCCUUCAAACCCACCUUUGACCAACAGCGUUCCUGUUCCAACUGCAGCACAACCCAGCUGGAUGGGGAUUUCACUGUCACCUAUGAUGUCAACAGAGAGACCCCCGGAAAUAUCCAGGUUGUCAAUGGAUAUUUUGUGCAUUUCUUUGCCCCCUCCAAACUGAAAAAGGUCCCCAAAAACAUUGUUUUUAUAAUAGACAGAAGUAUUUCCAUGAUUGGCCUCAAAAUGCAGCAGACUAAAGAGGCUCUGCUGAAAAUCCUGGAGGAUGUCAAGGAGCACGACCACUUCAACUUUGUCAUAUUCGACUGGGGGGUGGAAAUCUGGGAAGAGUCACUUGUGAAAGCCACUCCGGAAAAUCUGAGCAGAGCAAAGGAAUACGUCAGGAAUCUGUAUCCUAAAGGCUGGACAAACAUUAAUGACGCUCUAUUGAGUGCCAUAUCCUUACUGGACAAAGUGCACAGUGCCGGGAGUGUGCCCAAGCGAAGUGCCUCCCUGAUUAUCUUCAUGACGGAUGGGCAGCCCAGUACAGGGGAAAGGGACCCGGCGAAGAUCCAAGAAAAUGCCCGGAAGGCUAUCAAUGACAAAUACUCCCUGUACUCUUUGGGUUUUGGCACUGGGGUUGAUUAUCCUUUCCUGGAGAAGUUGUCCUUGGAGAAUUCAGGGGUUGCUCGGCGCAUUUAUGAGGAAUCGGAUGCAGCGCUACAGAUGGAGGGAUUCUAUGAUGAAGUGGCCAACCCCACCCUGAUGGACAUCGAGCUCCAGUACCCCGAAAACUCCAUUUCUGAUGUGACGCAGAACAAGUUCAAACAUUACUUUGAUGGAAGUGAAAUUGUGGUGGCCGGACGUAUCACGGACAAUGACCUGAACUGGCUCACGGCCGAUGUGACUGCUGAAGGGGAGACGGACACUCUGAAAUACUCUGAAAAUAUAAAGGUGCACGAAGAGCCCGACGCAGUGAAACAACAGCAAUAUAUCUUUGGUGACUUCACCGAGAGACUCUGGGCCUAUCUCACUAUUCAGCAACUGCUAGAGAAACGUAUUUCCGCUCCAGCGAGUGAAAAGCAGAACCUGACGGCAAAGGCUCUUGAACUGUCGCUUAAAUACCAGUUUGUCACCCCCCUGACAUCGAUGGUGGUCACUAAACCUGAGGAAGAGAAAGGAGAGGAGGAAACAAUGAUUGCUGAUAAGUUUGUGGAAGGACAAGAAUCCCAGGCCCAGAGCACUUACACAGCUUCUCGCACCUGGAGCAGUUAUUCAGCCCCGCGCUACUCCCAUCGUCCAACCUCAUUUGUGGACUCGGACCCCCAUUUUAUCAUCCAGGUCCCUGAGAAGAAAGACGCCCUUUGCUUUAAUAUCCAAGAGACUCCUGGGGUGGUGCUGAACAUUGUGUCCGACCCAGAAUUAGGAAUUGCUGUGAAUGGAGAACUGAUUGGGAAGAAGGAGAGUGGGAACGUGACGUCCAAUGAAACUUUUUUUGGGAAAAUGGGAAUAGUCAGUACGAAGCUGGAUCUGAGGAUUGAGGUGACGACGGAGGCGGUCACUGUACUGAAUGGGGCAAAGAAAAUGGCACUGAGCUGGCAGCAAGAUGUGACAGUCACUGACGACGGCUUGACUCUACUAGUGAACAAGAAGAAGAACCUGCUGCUCUCCAUGGGGGACGGGGCCACAUUCAUUAUCCUCCUCCAUAAAUUCAGCAAGAAUGACCCCCUGCACAGAGACUUCUUGGGGUUCUACACGAUGGACAACCAUAAAUUCUCUGAGCGAGUGCACGGCCUGCUGGGACAAUUUUACCACGGAGUCGACUAUGACAUUUCCAACAUUCACAAAACUGCCGAUCCACAAAAACCCGAUGCCACAAUGAGGGUGAAGGAUUCGCUGCUGACAGUUACACGGGGGUCACAGAGGGAUUACAGUAAAGACCCGCGGAGCGGCAGCAAAGUGCAGUGCUGGUUUGUCCAUAACAACGGGGAGGGGCUGAUCGACGGGGUCCACGCGGAUUAUAUUGUCCCCGAUUUAUUCAGUGGGGUCUCUACAGAGUGACACUUGCCCCCUGCAGUAACACAGAAUGUUCCCUAUUCAUGGGGUGUAGGUUUAUUGCAAUGUCCCCCCUAUAAUAAAGAAUGAUCCGCCUCAGUAUUAUUCCUAUUGAUUAUGGUGCAUUUGGGCAGAAGCCCCCCGUGUAACUAAAUGUUAUAAAUAAAGCUUUAUACAAAAACUCCA